AACACCAGCUGUUUCUUGCAGGAGAGACAGAGACGUGUGCGGACAUCAAGCCAUGGACGGCUCUGAUGACACAAUCGAGAUGUCGGCACUGGGCCGCCCUUUCCAGCUGGGGAUGCUGUACGACUGCCGCAAGGAGACACUUAUCCCAGGCAUCUCUCUAUGGGACCUGGACACCCUCCGAAAAGACGUGGAUACAAAACCACAGUCCAAGACGGAAUUUCAGAUCAUUGCAUCAGACACCAUUGAUGCCAAGGCCUCUGCUCUCAAGGUCACAGCUUCCCUGAAGGCCAGCUUCUUCUGUGGCCUGGUGGAAGUGGGGAUCAGCAUCAUAUUUAGAAGAUACAAAGACAUCCAGACAUCAGGCCCGUGUCACUCUGCAGUACUCCACCACCACCCAGUUCAAGCAGCUGACAAUGAGCCAUAUCGGUCGCCAAAAUGUCUCUUACCCUGAUGUAUUUGACCAAGGCACGGCCACCCACGUGGUCACCGCUGUGCUGCACGGGCUCAGGCCUUCUUUGUGUUCGACCGGGAAGUGUCUUCAUCUGAGGACAUGCAAGAGAUACAAGGAAAGCUCCAGGUUAUGAUUAACAAGAUACCAGUGAUCACCAUUCAAGGGAAAGGGUCCCUGAAAAUGGAUGAACAAGAGAAACACCAGGCUGAAAAAUUCAGCUGUAGGUUUUAUGGUGAUUUUGCUCUUGAGAACAAUCCAGUGACUUACGAGGAUGCCAUGAAAGUUUAUGCCACGCUCCCCAAGCUGCUGGGGGACAACGGGGAGAAGGCCGUGCCUGUGAGAGUCUGGCUGUACCCGCUGACCAAGCUGGACUCCAAAGCCGCUCGCCUGGUCCGUGAGAUCAGCCUCACACUGUUCUUUGAUGCCCAGGCUGUGCUGGAGCAGCUGGCAGAAGUAGACAUGCGCUGCAAUGACCUGAUGAAGAACCGCAUUGCCACGACCUUCCCUGAGAUCAGGAGGAAACUGCAGCAAUUCCAAGCCCUGUGCAAGCAGCACAGACAAAUCUUCCAGAAAGAGCUGGCAGGACUCCUGCCCUCCAUCCGUGGGGGUGGGAGGGAAGAAGGGGCCCUGGUGGACAUUUUAACUUGCAAGAACCAGUCCCCAUUCAAUACACAGCAACUCAACGAAUUCCUGGAGAAUAAGGAACGAGAAGUGAAUUUUGUGAGUUCCUACCUGUCUGCCCUGAAGGACGUGGAAGUCGUGUCCUCUAAGAACAAAGUGGAUGAAAUAGUUCUUGACCCCACGAAUGAGUUUGUUGUCUCCUUUACAUUCACCUCCUUACAGGACGAGGAGCCCUAUCUUUCAGAUUUAAAGCUCUGGCUUCAGACCCACUAUAUGAAAAAUACUCAUGAUCCAGCCCCAGCCAGUCAUGUCAGUGAGAAACCCAAACCCAAACUGUGGUUUGAGCACAAAGAAAGACAUAAAAAUGCCCGCAGAUCUGCAAAAUCCCUGUCAGAGUUUGCCCAUGUCAACAAAUCCUGCGGGAAAACUCGGUUCCUUGUGGCGUCUGUCCCAGAUGAGGACAACCCAGGAGCUUCCGUUUACCUGUAUGAGGAUGGGGAGCUGGUCAACACCAACUUUGAGCCUCCAGCAAAGCCUCUUCCUCCCUUGGUUGCUGGAAUCAGCCAUGACCAUGUGCAGCUCACACUGAAGCCAGCAGCCCAGGGAGAGGCUGCGAUCACCGGCUAUCGGGUGGAGUACAGAGGAGUGGGGCAGGAGGACUGGACAGCUGUGAGUGUGAAUAGCAAGCAGGAAUCAUUCCCAGUAGCAGGGCUAUGUGCAAACACCGAGUACCAGUUCCGAUACGCUGCAGUGAGCAAACCAGGGCUCAGUGUGAGCAGUGACAGGAGUGAGACUGUGAAGACAUCCUGCCCCACCAGCCCCCCGGGGAAGCCUGUAACAUUGAAAGUGGAACCAUGUGCUGUCACACUGUCCUGGCAGGCACCAGCUGUCACUGGAGAGGGAGUCACUAUCAGGGAGUACAGGUUGGAGUAUAAAGAAGACACAAGAGAUACAAGCCCUGAAGGAAAAGGCAAAUGGCAGGAGCAAAGGACCAAGGAGAAAGCAGAGUCCUGCAGCAUUGAGGGGCUGAAGCCUGGGACGUCCUACAUGCUCCGCGUGUCAGCGGUGUGCACGGAUGGUGCUGUGAGUGACCCCAGCGAGGCGGUGUCCGUUUCAACGCUGGGAGCAGAAUCAAGGUCGUUAGCUCACGAGUACUUGAAGAAGAGCGCUCUGCUAGGGGACCAGGAGCCCUCCGUGUACGCACUGCCCCUGGAGGAGGCAGCGCGUGGUUCUAGCUCGUCUUGUUUGAAGUACAGGCUGGGAGCAGACAGCUCUCCCGCCCACAGAAAGGUCAUUAUGGUGAUGGGAGCAACCGGGUCUGGGAAGACUACUCUCAUCAAUGGGAUGAUCAACUACAUCCUGGGAGUGCAAUGGGAGGAUGGUUUCAGGUUCAAACUGAUCCAUGAAAAGACCAACGGAAGCCAGGCUGAGAGCCAGACGUCUGAAGUGACCGUCUACGAGGUCAAUUACAGACAGGGCUUUAAAAUCCCCUACAGCCUGACUAUCAUAGACACCCCAGGGUUUGGUGAUGUGAGAGGGAUAGCUCAUGACAGGCUAAUAAAGCAAAUCAGAGAAUUUCUCUCUACCCGGGGGGCACUGAGCAAAUAG